AGCCUUCGUGUUUGCAGACGACGACGUAACUAUGGACACAGAGUGCUUUCCGUCUCCUGUCUCGCACUCGUUACCCAUUAUGGAUUCGUAGCAGUAGGAUGUAGCCCAGCUGUUGUGAAUUAUGGGCCCUUGAGUAAAGAGAAGAUGACUCAGGAGGAGGACGAUCUGGAAGAAGAAUUACGUUGCUUAGAUAUUCGUGAAGAUCAUGGGGCUGAAGAGAGUGAUGUAACCCCUACAAAUACACCUCCAUCAUCACCUCCAAUUUUGUAUAUAAAGAAGUACCCACCAAGUCAGCCUGUUGGAUAUGAAGAAAAUAAAGAUUUUGGAAGAUAUUCAAGAGGAGAUGACAAUGAAUGCAGAUCAGACUCCUCUUUAUCAUGGGGUGAUGAUGAGUUUGAAGGAGAGGCCACCAGACAAGUCAGUGCCCUCUUUGACCAACUUGACUCUUUGCUCUAUCAGGAUGACUCUGUAACCUCUGCUGUGCCAUGGUUUGUUAGUGGAAGCACAAAAGUGUGUGUGAACGAGGAUGAGAAAACUGUUUCACCUGCUGGAAGUAUUGGGUACUUCUCAAGUCCAGAGAGUAAUCCUGAUGAACACAUUGAAACCAAUAUAAAAACAAUUAACAAAGAUACAAUUUUUAAUGUGGAUAAUGUGGGAUCACAAACGUUAUUGUUAAACAGUGCAAGAUUAUUAGAAUCAAGUUCUGGAUUAGGUAGUGAUCUUCUGGUAGCCCCUGAACCGACUCCAGAAUUACUAGAGGAAUGCUCAAAUUGGGUACACCACUUUCCACAUUUUAGAAUUAGGGGGCGUGUAUUGGAGACAUCAUUGCUUAAUAUCAUAGAGCAGUAUAUGAAUGAAGAUUCUCUGCAUGAAGAAACCUUAGAAAAUGAGGAAGUGAUUGAAGAAGAUGGUCACUUUCACCAUCUGCUGCCUAUAGUUAAUAUUGUCAGUGCCAAUCAAGUAAAAAAUUCUUCUCAUGUUAAUCCAAAGACAGGGACUUCCAGUAGUCGAGUGUGUAGUGGAUCAAAUGAUCCAGAAGUACUAAAAGAGCAAGUGCUCAUAAUGCUCUUUGAUCAUUUGUGGCCUACAGUGACAAAAGCAAUUGAACCACUGCUUCAUUCAUAUGCCAAGUAUGUAAUUGAACAGUCAGUACAAUAUUCAUCUCUCUCUAGGGAGCCCAGUACUAGAGGGGCCAGAAGGGGUAGACAGACUCCUGUAAGAAAAUAUAGUGCAGAUCUUGGGAGAGCUACUCAGAGGCACCUAAAGCUCCCAGAGAGUGUGAAUAGACCUGAUAGUGGCAUUUCUGUUAGAGGAUACAGAGCAAAUCGUCCAUUGAGUGGAAUCCAGCGACCAUCAAGUGCUAUAAAUAGAUUGCAGGGUUUUCAGCCUACACCAAGUAUCCACCAAGGAGAAUUACAAGAACUUCUGCAGGUAACAACAAAACCAUUGCAGAAUGGAGAAGAUAGAUUACGUUCUAGAAUCUCUUCUGCUUCACACACCCGUGAGUCUUCAGCUCGGUCCAGUCUGUCUUUGGUAUCUCUUCCUUCUGUCACAACUCCUCGAGGCACAACACAGCGACCUGUAUCUUCUAGAGCAGCUCAUCAUCUUCUGACCCCCAUGCGCAUUGACAGUUUUAGUACCACUUUGGAGCAAAGGCCAUCAUCUACCUCAUCAUAUAAUGCUCGUUCUAG